AAAUAAUCAUUGAGAGACUCUGCUAGUACCUCUUAUCUCUUUGGAACUAAAUCAUUUCGGUGGUUUUACAAGAUACCUUUCACUUGUAAAUCAACACGAUCAUUGUAAGAGUUGGCCUUGUUAGGUACGUGCAUUGAAGUGAAAUAUAGCUGUUGGGUUAAAAAAGAGACUACUGACAUCCGGUUCUAUUGAGGUUUGGAUUCAAGAAUAUUUAUUGAUUUUUAGCUCGAGAUAAUAGCAGUCAGCCUCCAGGAUGAACUCGCAUGUUGCUUCGAAUCACUACCAGUUAGAGGAUAUUACCAGCUGAAAUAGUUUCGUCCAAAGGUUAACCCAAGUAUCGGAAAUCUUCGUAGAACAAUAUUACCUGCACGGAGAUCACCGAUUCAGGUUCGGGCAUAUUCGGUGGGUAACGUCAUGCUCGUCAUGCUGGAUGGCAAGUUGAAAACCAAGUGAAAGAAAAUGCAAAGGAAGGGCUACCUAUUCUCCUGUUGGAACCAGUAAAUGGAGAAUCUAAGAUAACUUUCGGAACUUCUUGGGAACGGCAGUCUACAUGUCGUACAAAAGAUAUUCACGUGACCUUGGAUACGGCGACAGCUCAUACGGGAGCAUGUCCCGUUCCAAGGGGUCCACAUACGGUGGUUCAACUUAUGGCGGAGGUGGCAAGGAGUUCGGGACCUCAUACGGAACAAGCUACGGGUCCAACAAAACAUACGGUACGGGCGGGAGCUCAUACGGCACAGGCGGCUCAAACUACAGCUCCGGCUCCUACUCCUCGGGUCGCUACGACGCUGGAAAGUCGUAUGGAUCAACGAAUCUGCGGGGUACCUCGCUGGAUCGAGGGUACACUGCGGAUACUGGAUCCCGUGAUAGAUAUUCGUCUUUGGAUAGAUACUCUACGAGAAGUUAUGGUUCGGAUUACGGGUCAAAGCCGUCGGGGUACAUGUCCGAUUAUGGGGCGGGAACUCAUCGCGGUUCAAUGACGUCAGUGUCCUCGUACGGAGGUUCAUCCUACAAGUCUUAUUCUGGGCGGGACCCGUCGCCUGCCAGUGGCUACACCGGCCGGACUUCGCGGUAUGACUACAGCACGGGAAGUAGCGGCAGCCCCUACGGCUCUACUUAUACAAGCAAUGCGUCCCGGAGACGGAGUAGCGUGGAAGCUUUGGACAGGUCGCGAUCAGUGGAAACACCACGGACAACCUCGUACGCAUACGGCCGACCUUCCGGCUCCGGGACAGUUAACAAUUUAGAAACACGGGACCCUGCACCUUAUUCCAGACAAUCGUCACGCGAAUCUCAGGUUUUUGUCGAGCGUCACCCGACACAUUACGAACAAACCGAACCGAGUGAGGAGUCGGAAUCCGAAGGUGAAACGCCCGAAGCAGGCAUGAAUGGCGAAGGGGAGCGUCUGCUAAUAAACAGGGGGACAUCCCCAUCGCCAGCAGACGAACGUGGACGUAACAGAAAGCCAAGCGACAGAAAAUCAAUAUCGCGGACGAAAAGGUACUUUUACCCGAAGAAGGCUGUGAGGAUUGAGAUCGAUGGGCAGGUUCUGGUCGGAGAGGCUGCACCACCCAUGUUGGUGAACAUGGCCACUCAGACCGAACCAAAGGAGCGGGAGUCGUCCUAUUCCUCUAGUAAUUCACGCAACCGCUAUGGUUCCAGUAGUUACACCCCGAGUGGGACAUACUAUAAAUAUUCAAACAGCCCUAAAUACUCUUCGGGUAGGACACCUUCAUAUAGUACGUCGUCAGCCGGUUCAAAAUACCCUUCUUCGCCAACAACACGGACUUCCGCAGGCGAAUCAUCAUCACGUGACACUGGGGGCUCUAAACGGGAUACAGGGGGUACAACACGGGAAACAGGGAGUUCGUCAUCAUAUCGGGACAGUGGGUCAACCACAAACCGAGACUCAGGUUCACAGAGACAAACUGAGAGUACCUCUGAGAGUACGCGGGGCAGAUCUUGGAGGGAACAGGUGUACGGCGAUGACAUUCCAAAGGAUGGCGAGCCCGAGGAGGACCAGUCUCGAAGCAGCAGGUCUAGGAAACGCCGAGACUUGACCCUACCAGCGGACAUUGACUCGUACCCCGAGAACUCUGCUCGGGCUCGGCGGUUAAAGCGGGAAAAAGAGAAGGAAGAGGCUGAACGUCAGGCUGCUCUUGCUGCUUUACACCAACAGCCUCUGACGCCCGAUCUGUUGACACUCAAGGACAGUAUUGAUAAGGUCAGCAAAUGGCGCUCACAACUCACCGGAGAUGAGUCUGAUUUUGCAACGAGUCCAACGCCCUACUCGCCUGGGUCUUCCCACCCGGGACAUUCACCGAGGUCACCUGGUUUCCGAAACGAACCACCUCACUUCCCCAAACCAAAUGAAGCCGCAAAACAUGAAGACGGGUCUCACCAUGGACGUCCGACUUCACGUAACCUUCAAAGAGUCCUUAGUGAAGAGGAGACUAUUCGACAUCACUCGGGACGUUCCCGAGACUCCUCGCCCACAUCUCUGGCCUCCCGGAGACGGCGGAUGAAGGCAUCACGUGGAGAUUCUGGUGAUUCAGUCUUCACUGCAGAUGAACUUGAGGACAGGGACGAUCGUCUGCCGAAUAAAGAUUUCAGGAAGUCUGUAUUGAACAUGGCCAAAACUGAGAACAAUUACGAGUCUCCUCGACCUUUCGAAAGGGAAAUGUCCCCAAAUCAGAGGAGGACACACAGAGAUCAAAUAAGACAAUGUGCUCAAGAGCACGGGUGGCAAGAGCCCCAACGAUUUGUUGACGAUGGUAGUUCUUCCGAUGCAUUUUCACGAGAUCAAUCACCCAAUGCCCGUCUGCAGCGGGACAAGACUUCAAAGAGACAGUAUUCCCGGGGAGGGUGGGAGAAUGACGCAGAGGAAUCGAGUUUCUUCUCACGAGACGAGUCGCCGAAUAGACCACCCCAUGGUAAACCUCCCAGGCCUCCCAGCAGACAAAGCUCCAGGGAGGAGCAGCGCAAGUUGUCGCGCAGUGAUGGCCAGCAAUCCCCACUUGACAUUGGCCCGGAUGCAAAGCGAGUCACUCUCCCCGACGUCGCACAAGAAGGUCCUUCGGGGGAGAGACGGGGAAGUAAGCAGAAGCAAGACCACUUCAUCAGCCACUGUAUGGACAUCGACGAUCUGUUAGCGACUGACGAAGACAUGGAAGAUGACGAAGACGCUGACAUUGCGAAGCCGAAAGUUCUCCCAAAGGAGCUUCAGAUGUUGAUAGUCAGGAAAGGUGGCGCGAAAGUCACCAUUGUUGAUCUGCUUGACAUUUGCAAGAAGCCCAAGCCCAUCAAUCUGACGUCGGACAAGAAGUUCAGAGGGUAUAAGACCAUGGAUGAGCUGUUGGAGAGCCAUGGAGUUGAUGUCAAAAAGCUUGAGGACUGCGCUCUCCAACUCUACAGGUAUACUGGCUCUCAAGGGGAUUAUGGCACAUAUUUGGAUCUUGAGCUCAGCCUUGAUGAACAAUGGGAUGAACUAGAAGGAUUCACCGAACAACGAAAGAACACGAUUAUCUUGAGAACUCAACUAUCAGUCCGUGUCCAUGCCUGCAUUGAAAAGCUGCUCAACUCCAGCGGUCGCGAAUUACGACGAUCGCUCUUCUCCUUGAAACAGAUCUUCCAGGAUGACAAGGACCUCGUACACGAGUUUGUCAGCAAUGACGGCCUCCACUGUCUCAUCAAGGUGGGAUCUGAAGCGGAUCAGAACCAUCAAAAUUAUAUACUAAGAGCUCUUGGCCAGGUGAUGCUGUACGUGGAUGGCAUGAAUGGAGUCAUCACACAUAAUGAGAUCGUUCAGUGGCUGUACUCCCUUGUGGCUUCCAAGAAUCAAAUACCCAGUAUGUUUCUCACCGAGUAUAUGUUAAGGGAGUUUCGCUUGGUUGCCAAAACUGCCAUCAAACUCUUACUGGUGUUCGUGGAGUACACGGAGUCAAAUACCAUGCAUCUUGUACAAGCCGUUAAUAAAGUGGAUGCGCAGAAAGGAGCAAAAUCCUGGUCGAACGUCAUUGAGAUCUUGGCGGAGAAAGAUGGAGGUGACCCAGAGCUGCAGAUCUAUGCUAUGACACUCCUCAAUAAGGCUCUCAAUGCUAUCCCGGACCAGGAUACGUUCUACGAUGUGACAGACGCACUGGAAGAGCAGGGCAUGGAAGACAUCAUCAAAAGGCACAUGAACAAGACAGGCGCUGAAUUAGACUUGUUGGAUCAGUUGCAUAUAUAUGAGCGAGCCUUAAAACACGAAGAUGGUGACCUUGACAGCCAGGCCCAGAAAGAUACCAUGCGUAAAACACCACGUUUACAGAGCGAGGAAGGAAGCAGGAAGAGUCGGAGGUCGACAGGUGGCACCACCCCUACCGGUGCAUCGUCACCGCUGCUAAGGCGGGGAACGUUGCCAACGACCACAGAGUCAUCAGAAACAGGUGAAGAUGAGAAGGAAAAGGGAACGAAUAGACCGAGCCGUUUAUAUGCCAACACAAAUGAGCUCACCGUUGACGAAGACGUCGCGUUAAGAAACUCUAUCGCUACAAGAGGCAUUGGCGUUGACGAGACUCCUAAUAUGGGCAAAAGGGAUUCCCUCACUGCUGAGGAAAUUGCCGCCCAAAAUCUAUUAGCAAUCGAAACCGCCAUUGCUAUGUCAACAAGUCUUUUGGAAGAAAAUCAAGAGGACUCUGUCAGUACGGCAACGACUGACGAGGUCCAAAGAAACAGUCUCAAAAUUGGCGAUUUGGACAAAAUUGGUGAUAUCUCACACGUAUGUGCUGAUUGUCCCCGUGACGAGCUUGCGGCGAUUAGUGAAAGUAACGAUGCAAGUUAUGAUGUCACACACCGUGCGAGCACUUUGGGUGAUGCAGGCAUUGAAACUGACACUAAUAAGAGCGUAAAUGGUGUCGGUGAUGAGAAAAAGGAUUUAGGUGUUGAUAAUCAUGAUGUCAAAGUCAACGAAAAUGCCGAUGAUAUGGGAGUUUGUAAUUCUACGGUUGACGUCAACGGUGGCGCUAGUUAUUUAGCAAAACAAGGUGAACCUGUUGAGGAAGCCCGGACAGUCCCUGAUGUGCAUUUAGGCUCUCGUAAGGGAUCCAUCUCUGAUAAACCUGCCUCCCCAUUGGUGGCAUCAAGCGGCACACAGAUGAACGGAAAUGCCCAAGUAUCUGAAGAAUCGGAGAGCACGGAUCGAUCAUCAGAUUAUAGAUCUGAUGACACGGUGAAGGGAAACGAGGAACCCGACAAGUUCGUUAUGCGACCGUCCAAACUCGAUCUACCCUCAAGUCGCCGCCGUCGUAGACAGCGCCAGCGAUCGCAGAUAAUCGAACAGGCCAAUAGCAAGGUUGAUGUUGAUAGCAUCACACCAGAUGUUUCAUCAGAAAGCCCGACAAUCCGAGUUUUCCAGGACGAAGAAAAACCACCGCCUACAAGGGACGCCACUGAUCCUAGACCAGAACCAGAAACGCCCAACCAGAUUGAUCUGGAUGCUGGUUCCGGAAAUGUUUCCUUCCGGAAACCUGUGCUUGAGGAUAAGGAGAUUGUUAAACCAAAAGGGGUGCACGACCUUGUUAAUCGUCUUGAGUCCCCAGCGGCCGAUAGCUCCAAGCAUGCAUCUAUUAGUUCGUUAAGCUCUCUAGAGAGUAUAGACAAUGAGAAAGCCAAGCCCGAAGGUGAGGGUUCUGCUAAGUCACGAGUCAACCACCGCUACCAGGGUUCAACGGAGUCGGGUUACAUCAGUAACACAGACGCUGAGAAAGGCAAAGAACCAGGGAGUCCAAGAACUAGUCAAGAUGUGAUAAACAACAACAACAACAAGGAAGCGGGCAUUACGGGGAUCGCGGACGAUAAACGCUGGAUGUUGUACCGAAUAUCGGAUAAAAGUAUCGAUGAAAAUGAGGUGCCAAAAACUGAUCCAGAUGUUGAUACUCCGCCUGGGGAGAGUAUCUCCACCCGCAUGGAGAGUUUGAAACAAAAGGACAAUAAAGUUCAAAAGUCAGACUUAGAAUUGGAUAAUCAGGGUAGUGUGCAAUCGGCCGCGCAGAAAUUGGCAGGCGUGAAUUUGUCUCAGAAUUUGAAUAAGGAAGGGCCAUCCUCGCCCCUUGGUGAUAUGUCUGGUCUCAUUGAACGUGCUAAGGAUGGAUUAUUGAGUAGUAAUAAGCCAUUAGAACGUCGGGACUCAUUAAGACAAAUUGUGCCGGAGGUGCGGAAGUCAGAAAGUGAUUUACAGUGGGACGCUUUACAUCGGAAAUUCCGUCGACAGUUAAAAAUAGGUGAUUUAGAUUUCACGGACUUGACGGGAGAUGACGAUAUGAAUUGUCUUGAACCUCGUCCGUUCGCUGCAGGAGUCCCCCCACCACCUCCUUUAACACCCGGUGGGGUUCCCCCUCCACCGCCUAUGCCCGGGAUGGGAGUACCCAUGCCUCCACCACCUCCCCCUCAUGGAAAUUUUGUGGACGGCCGCCCACCACCACCACCCCCACCACCAGGACUAUUCCCGCCACCUCCAGGCCCCUCAGGACCCCAACUACCACCACCACCUGGGGCCAGCUACAAAAAGAGCAAAAAGACUGUGCGGUUACAUUGGAAAGAAGUGAAACCUCACGCCAAUCCGUUUGCCACGGAUCAGACGACAAUAUGGAACAACGUGGUGCCGGUGAAGCUCGAUAGUGACAAGUUGGAGCAUCUGUUUGAGACGAGAGUCAAUGAGUUGAAAACAAAGAAAGGUGUAGAGACUGCCAAAAAGGAGAUCACUGUACUUGACCCGAAACGCUCCAAUGCCAUCAACAUCGGUAUGACCGUACUGCCACCGCCAAGGACCAUCAAAGCCGCCAUCUUGAAAAUGGACAACAGUAUCAUGAACAGGGAGGGAAUCGAGAAAAUCUUGAGUAUGCUUCCCACAGAAGAGGAAAAGACCAAAAUCUUAGAGGCACAGAUGUCCAACUCGGAUACCCCCCUCGGAACAGCCGAACAAUUCCUUCUGACAUUAUCUUCCAUUAGUGAGUUGUCUGCUCGGUUGAAUCUCUGGGCCUUCAAGCUGGACUACGAGGCCACAGAACAGGAAGUUGCUGACCCGCUGAUGGAUUUGAAGGAGGGCAUUGAUGAGUUGUACCGGAAUAAAACGUUCAAGUGUGUCGUCUCUGUCUUGCUGGCCAUGGGAAACUUCCUCAAUGGUGCUCAGGCUCGAGGUUUCAGUAUAGACUACCUUGCCAAGGUUCCGGAGGUGAAGGACACAGUGCAUAAACAUUCAUUACUCCACCACCUGUGUAUGAUAGUCCACGAGCAAUACCCCGAUACCAGUGAUCUCUAUUCAGAUAUUGGAACGUUGACCCGGUCUUCAAAGGUUGCCUGGGAAGAGCUGGGUGAAAAGUUACACAAGUUGGAACAAGAUUGCAAAGCAUCUUGGGAUCAUUUACGAGCAAUUGCCAAACAUGACAGCAGCUCGAACAUGAAAACAAACCCCAAGGUUAUAUCUGGAAUGCAAGAAUUCCUUGCCGAUAGUGCGGAGAGAAUUAUGGUGCUGAAAAUUGUACAUAAUAGAGUCAAUAACAGGUUCCGAAAGUUGCUAUUAUUCCUGGGUCUUCCUGUCCAUACUGCCAAAGAUAUCAAGAUCUGCUAUUUCUGUAAAAUACUCAGCGAGUUUGCGCUGGAGUAUCGAACAACUCGAGAGAAGGUUAUACAGCAGAUACAGAAAAAACAAAAUAAUCGCGAAAGGAAGAAAACUAGGGGAAAGAUGAUUGUAGAUACUGCCAAAUUUGCCCGAUCUCGAGACUCAACAAACACCACGUCAUCAACCCGGCGAGGUGAUCGCGGCCGCCAUGAGGCAAAGGACGACAGCGAUGCGCUGCAACAACUUCUCAUCAAUGGGAGUAUGUCGGAUAAGGAGACAUCGAAGGCUCCUGGGAUGAUUCAAAGGAAGCGGUUGUCAGUAGAGCCGAGGUCCCAGGUUGGAUUUUCAGGAAGCUUCUUAAGGAAUGUAGGACGAUAUUCACAACCUUAUUCCGGUAUAAGAAGUCGGCCAUCUUUUGGUCGCUCGUCCCAGUCUAGUCAGGUGACCGACUCCGAGGUCUACGAUACUGGCGAUGAUGAGAUAUUGGAGGCGUGCGUGAAGACUGCCACGGCACCGACACACAGGACGCCACGAGAGAGAAAGCGUGCGAGGAAUACGCAGAGGAAGUCUUUGCGACGGACGCUGAAAGGUGGCCUGAACGAGGAUGAGGAGAAAGUGAUAACAGAACAUGUGCACUCACACGUCUGAACAAGCAUUCCGAUUGGAUGACGUCAGGAUUCAAAAAGUCGCCGAUAGGCUCUGCAGAGGAUCUCAAGUUCAUAACACGAGCUGUGAGAAGUUCUCGUGUUUAACUGACUGUGAUUGGUCAAAAAUGGCAGAGGUAGGAGCCUUUGGAUGUGGUGACUGUCGGGGAGGCUGAUGUGAUGGAAAGGUUUAGAGAUGUCCUAACUUAGAGGCUACCUCUCACUUUAUCAAAAUGAACAAUUAAGGAUUAAGGAUUUCUCCACAAGGUGCAAGAAUGACGGAAAGUUUUCACAUUGGUGAAAAUUUGAUUAGAUUUACCGCAAUGAGUUGGCGCCAGAACCUUCUGUAGCAUAGAAAAGUCUUUUUCUUUGACAAAAAUACUUGCUGGUCUGUCUAGUUUGUACAGAAUAGCACUUUUAAAAAGUCCUGCUACGUGUAUUUGAAAAUUUGAAUAAUGGCAGAAAAGACUGGUGAUUUGCAUUUAUGGUUUACACGGUAGAAUUUUGUUCAUGAUAAGUAGCUAGUGUUUAUGGUGCUAUCUGAAAUGCAUUGUCUUUUUGCACUUUUCUUUUUCCUACUAUGGAUCAGUCUCCUCGAUAGUCGUUCUGAAAUUGUAAUUUCUGCAUCCAGUGCUUUGAGAUAUUUAUUGGACUUAUGAAGUGUCUAGUUCCGAGAGGCAGACACUUCACUCCUGUAAAUGAAUGUGUCACGAUGUAUAUAUACUCUUUACAAAUUGUAUGUAAAUCAGUAUGAACAAGUGGAACUUUUGUAUAGACUAUCUGAUGUUUACGGUCUUGUAACACAAUACAAGCAAAACUCUUGUAUAAGUUCACUAUACAAGCCAGUUUCUUGUUUGGUUAUACCAUACAAGCUAAACUCUUGCAUGGGGUAGCAUAUGCUCUUUACGGGUGUAAUGCUUUAUUGUAUAAGUCAGAUUCUUGUAUGAUCUAAAUUAUACUUUUCACAGGACUACAAGUUCUUCUGCGUGUAUGUGAUAAUUUCAAGUCAAAUUCUUGUAUAGGUUAGAGUAUGAUAUCUACCAAUCAAUGUCAUGUUUAAAACUGUACAAAGUCUUGUAUGGGCCGUGAACUAUUCAAGCCGAUUCAUUGUAUGAGACCAUACAAGCAACUCUCUUGUAUAGGCAACGAUCUCUUCAUUGCUUCAUAUUUAUAGCACUAGUAAACUUUUUAUACUUGUCGGUAUCCUAUUUCAAAUCUUUAUGCAUGUACAGAUGUAGGAUCCAGCUUUAUUGACAAAAUGUGUUUUCAUACUGAAUGAUAGUUUUUAUUUGUAUGUAUGGACUGUCACUAGAACUUGAAAGUGUUUCAAUCUCUUGCAUAAUCCAAGCCCAAAAGAAUUGUGUAUAAGCUCAAUGCAAUCCUUUAAGAACCUGUAUUCAAUCUGUUCUGGUGAGUUUUUUAACUUGUCAAAACAGGAAUUUAAACCCACGGUUUCUUGGAACAUGAAGCAAACACUUGAUACUGAUCUGUUUGACUGCACUUUGUAAAUACUUCACUGCAUAAUUUUCUAACCAACACUUUAGUUUAAAACGGCACAACCUUGUGAUAUAUGUAAUUAGCAUGGGAACUAAUUUCUACUUAAUUUAUGCACGCACACCCUUCAUCAGAGUGAGCAAGUCCAUGUAAGGAAUAUUUAUUGAAUUUGGACUUAACAUUUGGACAACGUUGGAUUGUAAUUGAAGGGGUGUUAUACAUAGAGCUUGUCAAUGCAUUGAUGAAUUCUCAAAUAUUGAAAAUUUUGAAUCUCACAACUAAUUGCCAGUCAACUUUAUCGGCUUCUUUAUCAUGAUGCUCUUGAUUAGAAAUAGACCCAUGUCCUAAUCCUUUUCACCCAAAAUAAAAUGCUCCAACCUUUGAAGAACUGCCAAAUACUGACUCAAAACUGAUGUUCAAAUUGACUCAAUUGUGGUUCGUGAUGGCAUCAAAUGGAAUAUGUUUUUCGGCAUACAAACAUUUGCCAAAAACCUGUACAUUUAUAUAGCUAGAUCAAUGUAAAUGUGUACAUAUAUACCCUUCUUCUAUUCAACUUAAAAUUUUCAAACAGUUUAAUUUGAAAAUAGUGUAUUAUACUUCCUCUUCUUAGUUGACUGGUUCGUUUGGUGUAGGUUUUCUACCCAUGUAUUGAACGGAAUUAUUUUGUUGUCUAUCAUGUUAACCUAAAAAAGGGUGAUUUCAUUGAUGAGUAGCCCAGGUAGGCCUACUGACAUUGACAUGUUUUUGACUAGGACAAAGCUAAGAAACUUUUGUACGAAGCAUGAAGUACACAUUAAGAGUGAUUUUGCCUGGGGCGACACCCACUUGUUUAGUUGUGGAAAACUUCUACUUUAACAAUGCUGUCUAAGUUGUGUAAGUGGUUGCUUAUAUAGGCCUUACUGGUCUUUACUAAGACGUUGUAUAUCAUGCCAAGAACACAAUUUAGUUAUGUUUUCAUAUUUAUUUGAUUGGCUCCACACCAUUGCUUUGUUAAGGUCCCAUCUCAUAAUGUUAUCGGUCCAAAAAGAUUAAUAAAGCAUUGGAUUAUAGA